CGGGAGAGGGAGAAGGAGGAGCGUGAGCGAGUGAGAGCUGAGAAUGCCGAGGAAGCAGCCGAACGCAAGGCUCAAAGAGAGCGUGAUGAACAAGCUCGCGACGCUCAAAAAGCUUCUGUAGCACCAAGAAAGAAGCAGAAUUGUGGUGCAGUAGCUGCGCAGCGUGGUGUUGUUGCUGCGGAGCCUCCUGCGGCACCUUGCACCCACACCACCCGCAGCGGCAGAACAGCAACUCUAUAUAAUUAA